AUGAACCUUAAAAGAACGAAUGGCUACGGCAUCAGUACUGAGGUUGGAGACAACUUGGGAACCUGCAGUGCUGUAGCCAUUUUGCCACAUGUGCUUACCAUCGGAAAGACGAAAGAACGAGGAAAAGAUGUUCAUAGUUUCGCCAAUCCUUCCUCUAUUGCCAUUUCGUAUUAUCAAUCGUGUAUUUUUUCAUGGGAAGGUCAAUUUGUCAAAUCGUUUGGAAAUGAUAAUCAACUAUACUGUGCUCGAGCCAUAUGCUUUUGUAAGGUGACAGGAGAAUUGAUCAUUUGUGACAGUGACAAUCAUAGAGUGCUUGUUUUACGAUAA